CCCCUGGUAACUAUGUUAACGAAGCCCCCGGUAACUACGAUAAUGAUGAAGCCCCCAAUAACUAUGAUAAUUUCGAAGAUCAUCAUAAAGUGGCUCCAAUAGCUGAUCUUGAAGUAAUUCCUGAUAAAUUAG